CGGAGGCGCUGCGGUUCCGCCAGGGCAGACGCGACAAACACCGCGAGGGCCACUGGGCGCAGCUGCUCCGGCGCGGGGAGCCGGGCUCAGUCCCGGCCUUACGAGCACCGCGGCCCUCACCCACCUCAGGCGGGCCUGGGGGACUCCGAGGGUCGUACGGAGCGCAGAGUGCGCGUCGGGCUGGGUCCCGCAACCCCGGCACCGGAGCGCGGGUUCGGCGCGGCAGAGCGCCCGGCAUGGAGUCCGCCCUGGAGCCGGCCCGGGAGCUCCCGGCGAGGACCCGGCCGCCGCCGCCCCCCGCCGCGCGCCCCGCACCUGCUGCCGCCGCGCGCCCUGCACCUGUCCCCGCCACGCGUCCGGCUGCUGCCCCCGGCGCGCCCAGGCCGCGCUCGCCCGCCGAGGCUGAGGGCCGCGGCCCCGAGGGGGUGCUACGGCGAUCGGGGUCGGGCUACGAGGGCAGCACCAGCUGGAAGGCGGCCUUGGAGGACACCACCACGCGGCUCCUGCUAGGGGCCAUUGCUGUCCUUCUGUUCGCCAUCCUCGUGGUGAUGAGCAUCUUGGCUUCCAAGGGCUGUAUCAAGUGUGAAGCGCCCUGCCCAGAGGACUGGCUACUCUACGGAAGGAAAUGCUACUUCUUCUCUGAGGAGCCGAGAGAUUGGAACACAGGCAGGCAGUACUGCCACACGCAUGAGGCCGCCCUGGCCGUGAUUCAGAGCCAGAAGGAGCUGGAGUUUAUGUUCAAGUUCACGCGGAGGGAGCCCUGGAUUGGACUGCGCAGAGUCGGGGAUGAAUUCCACUGGGUCAACGGGGACCCAUUUGACCCAGACACAUUCACCAUCUCGGGCCCCGGGGAGUGUGUCUUCGUGGAACCCACCCGGCUGGUGUCGACGGAGUGUCUGACGACCCGGCCCUGGGUGUGCAGCAAGAUGGCCUACACAUGAGGUGGGUCGGGCCAGAGGCCGCCCCUCUGCCCAGGCCUCCGGGAGGUGCUGGCCUCGCGUCCUGUCUCCAGUAGGGGCUGCCUGUGUUUCUGAGAUGAAGCAGCUGGGAGGAUGAUUUCUGCCACCUCGACCCCAGCUCUGGGUCCCGUGUCCCACAGGCAGGUCCUGUGGCUCAGCAGUUAACUCCUCUCUGCUAAGUAGUGUAGACAUCCAUCCCCUUACACAUGCACACAUGCCCAGGCUGACCCACAUGCAGGCGCAGACGCGGAUCCCUCUCCGGCUCAGAGUCAGCAUUAGCCUGCCCACGAGUCCUUCCCCGGCCCCGCCAGCACCCAGCCCUUCCUUGCUUCAGCUCUGGUGCUUUGGGAAGGAUGGGGCUGACACAGAUGGGGUGGCUGCUGGCACAGCAGGCCUGCCUUCCAUGAUAGUGCCUCUCCUGGUGGCCAGGGGGAGGCAGGCAGCAGGGCGCCCCUCUCACCUUGGCCAACCCCCACCACGCUGCAUCAGCCCGCUUUGCUUGGCCCGGGGUUCUCAGGCAGGGCCCCUGCAGUGUUGGUGGUGCUGUUGCAUUGGUCACUGAUGGAAUAAAGAGACAACUGGCAUCCCGA